CUUCCACUUACCAUCGUCGGAGCACCACCUUGAAAUCACAGCGACCACCGUUAACCGGUGGUCCAUCAACUCCACCGCCACAUUGUUCAUGCGGAAGACAUUGUUAAGCUGCAAAAUGGAGGAGAUGGAGACCGUCUUGCUUUAGAAAACAUGUAACUCUCUCAAACAUUCGCUUCUCCAUUGUCACUCACAAUCACCAUGACCGGUAGAAGCGCCCUCUCUUCUUCAUUCCUUCCCUCUCCCCCUUUCUUCACCAAUUCGAACCAUCCAAACGUCUCUAUUCGACUAAGAGUUUCCUGCAAUCUCAGAAACUCGGAAUCCGGCGAUGAAUCGAAUGUCCGUCGAAAUCGGUUGAAUUUCCUUAACCUAUCUGUAACAUUAACUGUAAUUUCAGCUUCUCUGGCCCAGCCCUCAUUAGCGGCUAGCAAAGUCUCCGACAGGAAGCGUGUCCCUAAACGGCCGGAUGCUUUAACCUCCCAGGAGUUGGAGAAAUGGUCCCAAGGUCUCCCCACCAUCACCCGCAGGCUUCCCUAUACUGAGAUUUUGGAUUUGAAGAGGGAAGGUAAGCUUAAGCAUAUAAUAAAACCUCCCAGUGUGGGGUUGAAACAGAGGCCUGAGGUUGUUUUGGCUGUGUUGGAUGAUUCUAGGGUUGUUAGGAUUGUGUUGCCUUCAUCAGAGACUGAUCCCAAGUUUUGGUCUCAAUGGGACGAGUUGAAGAUAGAUGGUCUUUGUAUGAAUGCCUACUCCCCGCCUUUGAAGAAGAAAAUUCGGGAGUCCGGCUUCCUUUCUUUGGGGUUCUUAGAAAAGAUCCCAGCUUGGAGGUUUUUGUUUUCGAAACCUGCUAAACCAAAAUCAAAGAAGGCAUUAGAGUUGAAGAGGGCAAGAGAAGAGAUUCUGAAGAGCAGAAAUGAGGAGAUAUAUAAUGUGAGGAGAGAGAGGGAGAUGAUGGAAAAGGAAAUGAAGAUGCAAAAGAAGAUGGAAGAGAAGAGGAAGAGGAGGGAGAUUCAGCAAGCCAAGCAUGAGGAAUCAUUACGAAGGGCGGCGGUGACUUCUCAAAGGAUGUCAUUGAUGUGGGGUGACUUAGCUGGUGAUUAUACUGUUACUACAGCCCUUGGGUUCCUCUUCUUCUUCAUAUUUUAUAGAACUGUUGUGUUAAGUUACAGAAAACAGAAGAAGGAUUAUGAGGAUAGAUUAAAAAUACAGCAAGCAGAAGCUGAUGAAAAAAAGAAAAUUAGGAAAUUGGAAAGAGAAAUGGAAGGGAUCGAGGACAGCGAUGAAGAGGAGGAAGGACAAAAAAGUGAAGAAAACCAAUAUAUGAAGAUGGCAAUGAAAUUCAUGAAGUCUGGUGCUCGUGUCCGAAGGGCUCGUAGUAAGAGGGUUCCUCAGUAUUUAGAAGCAGAUGUGGAUGUGAAGUUCUCCGACGUUGCUGGGCUUGGGAAGAUUAGGCUUGAGCUUGAGGAGAUUGUGAAGUUUUUCACCCACGGGGAUAUGUAUCGCAGGCGAGGAGUCAAAAUACCAGGAGGAAUACUUCUUUGUGGUCCACCUGGGGUGGGGAAGACAUUGCUAGCAAAAGCAGUUGCUGGGGAGGCAGGAGUGAACUUCUUCUCCAUUUCUGCAUCUCAAUUUGUUGAAAUAUAUGUUGGUGUUGGAGCCUCUCGUGUUCGAGCACUCUACCAAGAGGCGAAGGAAAACGCCCCAUCUGUCGUGUUCAUUGAUGAGCUGGAUGCUGUUGGAAGGGCACGUGGCUUGAUUAAAGGUUCUGGUGGGCAAGAACGUGAUGCCACCUUGAAUCAGCUUCUUGUGUGCUUGGAUGGUUUUGAAGGAAAAGGGGAAGUUAUUACAAUUGCCUCUACAAAUAGACCAGACAUUCUAGAUCCUGCCCUUGUUCGACCCGGACGGUUUGACCGGAAAAUUCAUAUUCCAAAACCUGGUCUUAUAGGCCGAAUUGAAAUUUUGAAGGUACAUGCUCGUAAGAAACCAAUGGAUCCAGAUGUGGACUAUAUGGCUGUUGCCAGAGUGACAGAUGGAAUGGUCGGUGCAGAGUUGGCCAACAUCAUUGAGGUUUCUGCUAUUGGUAUGAUGAGGGAGGGAAGAACUGAGAUUACAACAGACGAUUUGUUACAAGCUGCACAAAUAGAAGAACUGGGUAUGUUGGAUAGGAAGGAGAGGAGCCUUGAAAAAUGGAAGCAAGUAGCGGUGAAUCGAGCAGCUAUGGCUGUUGUUGCUGUGAAUUUUCCUGAUCUCAAGAACAUCGAGUUUAUCACCAUUGCUCCACGAGCUGGCACGGAAUUAGGCUAUGUACGAAUGAAAAUGGAUGAUAUCAAAUUUAAGGAAGGAAUGCUGAGCCGGCAAACCUUCAUAGACCACAUAACUGUUCAACUGGCACCACGCGCAGCUGAUGAGCUCUGGUAUGGAGAAGGCCAUCUGAGCACAAUAUGGGCUGAGAGUGCAAACAAUGCACGGUCUGCCGCAAGGACUUGUGUUCUUGGCGGUCUUUCGGAUAAAGAUUAUGGUUUGCCCAACUUCUGGGUUUCAGAUAAAAUAAAUGGAAUUGAUGAAGAGGCGUUACGGAUCCUUAACAUGUGUUAUGGCCGAGCAAAAGAGAUACUUCAGCAAAACAGAAAACUGAUGGAGGCUGUCGUGGAUCAACUGGUUCAGAAGAAAAACCUCACUAAGAAAGAGUUCUCUGAGCUGGUGGAGAUGCAUGGAUGCCUAGAACCGACUCCUCCUGCCAUUGUUGAUUUAAGGUUAGCCAAGAAGUCGGAGUUCAAGCGGUUGUUAGCUUAAUCCCAGAGAACAAACAAACAACCAAAUCAAAAAUAUUUAAGUUUGAUGUGUGCGUAGAAAGAUGAUGUUUCCUUGUUGGAUUUCGUUGAAAUGGUCGAUCCCAAUAGAUGGUCUUUAGGAGUAUUAGUUUUUUUUGGUGUGUUUUUGAUAGAUAUGUAUGUUUGAUUGAAUCAUUUUAUAGUUCAUGUGGCUCAAAACAUUGUUGAUUUCCUAAGCUUCGAUUCUUAAAAAAAAAGGAUGAGUCCCAUCCCAAGGCCUCCUUUAGACGCGGUUGGACAACCUCUGAGAGGAAGUAAAUUGGACUUUAAUCG